AUGUAUAUCUUUACUGCCAUAGCUCUGCUGAUAAACCUCUUAGUGCUGCUUUCCAUUGAAGAGCUGAUGGUUGGACUGUGUGUUGUUGUUGUUCUCAGUGAGACUUCACCCCUUCACCUGACAUCCAUCUGGGUCUUCACUCUGUGUGCCGUUUGGACAACAGCUGCAGGUGACCAGACUCCCGUCUUCAUCACUCCAAACACACCGACAGCCAGCGAGACGAACACACACACAACCAUCCUCCCUAGCAAAGACAGCCGUCCAACAGACACCAGGAGCCCAGACGGACAAACCUCCAGCAGCCGUCCAACAGACACCAGGAGCCCAGACGGACGUACCUCCAGCAGCCGUCCAACAGACACCAGGAGCCCAGACGGACGUACCUCCAGCAGCCGUCCAACAGACACCAGUAGCCCAGACGGACGUACCUCCAGCAGCCGUCCAACAGACACCAGGAGCCCAGACGGACGAACCUCCAGCAGCCGUCCAACAGACACCAGGAGCCCAGACGGACGUACCUCCAGCAGCCGUCCAACAGACACCAGGAGCCCAGACGGACGAACCUCCAGCAGCCGUCCAACAGACACCAGGAGCCCAGACGGACGAACCUCCAGCAGCCGUCCAACAGACACCAGGAGCCCAGACGGACGAACCUCCAGCAGCCGUCCAACAGACACCAGGAGCCCAGACGGACGUACCUCCAGCAGCCGUCCAACAGAAAGAUAUGAGAGGUUGGGGAGCUCCACACAGAGAGUCCCGGAAACAGGGACCGUGACGACCGUCGAAGGGACCAUCACGACCACUGCUGCCAUGACAACAAUAGUAACCAGUGCAAGUGUCGCUUCUCACACACCGCCUCACACCCCGCCUCACACCCCUCACACAGUCACAUCACCGGUGGCGACAAACCCCAUAGCAACAACACCAGUACCAACCCCCGCCCUCAAAAAGCCACCCUGCUGUCCGCGCCCCACUCGCAGGCCCACCCUUCCCCCUCAUCUGUUCAUAGGUGACGAGGAUGACUAUGACGACGAGUCUGAAGAAGAGGAGGAAGAGGAGGAAGAGGAGGAAGAGGAGGAAGGAGGAAAACUCAUGAAGGACAAUCUGUGUGACUUUGACCCCUGCUUGCACCUGCAGAGAACCUGUCCAGAGGUCAGGGAGGCCAAGGGGCUGAGCUGCCGCUGCCCGGGCCUGUCUCCAGCCUCUGUGACCCCUGACCCUGUGGUGGCGCUGGAGGUGUGGGGGGUGUGGCCUGAGGCUGUGAGGGUGCGCUGGUGCGCCCCUUACUCGGCUGUGAGUAAGUUUAGUGUGUGGGCGCUGAGAGAGAACGGCAGCGUGUUCAGCAACGGCAGCGUGAGCGCCUGGUCACGCCAGGCCAGCGUGUUCGGGCUAGAAGCGGGGCGGAGAUAUGGAGUGUGUGUGAGCGCACAGAAUGGAGCAGGAACAUCACACACCCGCUGUGUGCCUGUGUCCACCCCGGUGGGCGCGGAGGCAGUUAAGUUUUAUGUGCUGAUGGGGCUAUGUGCAGCCCUGGUGAUGGUGGUUGUUGUGUUGAGUGUGUGUCUUCACAGGAUCAGGAGGAGAGGCCCAUCGAUGAACACACACAGUCUUUUUGACCCGCAGGCUCACGCACUCCACCACCCACGCCUCACCAGCCUGGUUUCCAUUUCUAACCCUGCCUACACACACACCGACGAACACACUGCACCUCCCUCUGCACGCACACGCUACCCACAGGGAGACCGGCUAAAGUUAUCCACUAACGUGACGCGAUAAAUAAUAACACCUGUAACCGUCCCAUUACCACCCUUACCCACAUACCGACCUCCCUACAGCAGAUCGCACAUAUCAGCACCAGGCUAUGCAUCGUACCACUCACCCACACAGUACUCAACUGGCAUGUUCUCAUUCAAAUGAAGUGAUUUAAGAAAUACAUUCAAAUCGUUUUGUUUUUUUGUACAUCUCAUUUUCCAUUAAGUUGUAAUAAAAGUAUAUUUUUUAACUUGUAUUGUUUACUGUUGUAGAACCCUGCAGAGAAUGGAUAGGGAGGCUAUAUUUGCAUGAUCACGUGGUCCUCUGUAGCUCAGCUGGUAGAGCACGGCCCUUGUAACGCCAAGGUAGUGGGU